AUUACCAUUAACUACCUCUGCCACCACACACAAAGCUCAGUAUUUUGUCAACAGUCAAGACCAGGAGAUGGUCUGUGAAACCUACUGCUCCGAAAGCUGCCAAGAACAAGACGCAAUAUGGAGUGACUCCGCACGGCUGCAUGGCUCCAUCUGCACGUCUACUACGAUGGCGAAAGCUACGCCGUUUGCUGACCAAAAGCCUGGGCUGUUUACGAGAAAUACCAGUAGCCGAGCUAGUAGCCAAUCUCUUCCCGAGCCAAUAAAAAAAAACUAAGAAAGAUACGCUUUACGUGACGUUAACUGAACCCCUAAACGAAAUGGUUGUAGAUAAUACUUCAUUUCCUCAUCGACCUGCACGGUCUCGUUCACCUAAUACCAGUUCCAGUAAUUGUUACAGCGAAGCCGUCAGAGAUCGACGGGCUUAUAGUGCAGACCGGCCAAUAUGUUCUCCAUAUCCGAAUUCUGCAAUCGAUAUCAUGGAGAAAGUGGACGAGAGCGGCCCAAGUAGAGCCGUCACUUAUCCUAAAGCCAACAUUGGAUCAACUUAAGUUGAAAAAUUGCGCCAACUAACUGGAAGGCUUCGGCCUUCCUCGUCGUCAACGCACAUAACCGGGAAAGGCAGGUCUCCCGAGCCUACGCAACUAGCGUCUGCCGAGGAGUGAAUCCGACCUCCAUACUUCAUUCAUUGCUCCCCCACGCCAACCUCGUUUUCGUUCCGAACGGAAAAAAUCUUCCCGUUCUAAAAAAGAUUCCGCCACAUCCACAUCCGAUCUUGUCCUUCCAGCAAGAUCUAACGCAUCAACACAAAAUCCAACAGAGGCUGAUUUUUCUUACCAAAAAAAACGAGAACUUCUUGGAGAACAGCGAUACGACAGGCGGAAGCAUUGUUCCAGAUGCCACGCCGGCAUCAGAAGAAUCUCUGUCUGCAGAAGUGCCAGUUUUGCCGACAAAUGAAGUACGCUACCAGGCUCACGAAAAUCUCUUUGCGGACAACUCAGGCAAAUCCAAUAGCAACCAGCCGAUUCCAAAUAAUGAUGAUUUUUUCGACGAAGUCCAUCUCACCUUGUUUAGGAUGAAUCCUCGCAUUAUGGUAGGAACUUAUCAACAACGUACCAUACCUUUUCGCAGUGCAUCCUUCUCACAAUUCGACGUCGGGACGGGCGGAAAGUACAACCACCGGCCGAGAACAACCAUUACGCUUAAACUUGUGGCGUAUAGCAUCGGAAAGGCGUAGCUAGUAACUCCAGCUUGCUCUAUUCUGGUUUACUUCCUCUUCGGCUGAAAAUCAACGAACGCAAUUGCGAAGAAACAUGAAGCAUCUCCAAAUUCCACGUAGCAGAGGAAAAGAAAGACAUUUCUACAGUUCCAGUUGCAAUCUCGAACACAAGUGAUUCUAAAAACUAUUAAAGACACCAUGCGCUAGUCUAGCUCAUUUUAUACUUUAGUUCAUCGUGAUUGCUUAACAAAAGACGAUAGGGCACCUUUUUGUCGCAAACUAAUGGAUGAGUCCACCAAAGAACUGGAUGAAUUGAACAAUCGAAAUCUUGAGGAGCUCGAGUUGAUGACAAAGAAUAAAAAAUCGUGCACCGAUACAUUACUGGAUUGCGGGGGAUUGGUGAAGCCACCGUCGUUCAAUGAUUCGAAUCAAAAUAUCGAAGCUUUGCCUACUUCGAAAAGUUGUAGCGUGUUCCAAUAUGUCGGCCAUACAACUUGUCUGCCUGAAGUGGCAAACGAAGUCAAAGAAGAAGCAGAUGAGGCCGUCGAUUUGACUUCUUACGAAACCUCAGAAGUCUCAGUUUCCGCUGAAAUCCGUUUGAGCCCACUGCCAAAUGUCGGCUCUGAAAGUAAUGAGCUAGACGUAUCGGAAACUUUGCCUGUACUGGAUUUGCUUGAGCUCAAUAACCACGUGCUGCGAUUGACGGCCGCUACGCGUGACAGCACGCUGGAUCGCUUUGGCCGAUUUAGAAGUGGCAGCUCAAUUUGGCGUGCCCGUUUCAGUAUUUUCGCCCAGCAUGGAGUCUUCAGGUGCGCCGCCUCUGAUGUGAACUACGUUUCAAUAAAGUCCCCCCCCCCCCCAAAAAAAAAAAAAAAAAAAAAAAGUCGUUCGCUUUUAGAAAUGAAAUCCAAAAGCAAGAAGCGAGUUAUAGUUUGGGAGGAAACAGCACCUAAACAGUGUAGAAAAAAAUCUCAAACAACAGAUCACAGUAAAUCGAGUGGUCUUCGAGUUAAAAAGCUAUUUGUGAUUGAUAACAUCAGGUGCAAACAGCCUUCUGUCAACACGAUAUCAAGUAGCAUUGCUGGUGCGAUGGACAACCAGGCGGAAUGUCAACCGAGACCGGGAAUUGCAUAGGCGACGACCGGCGAAAUCAUCUGAUUUUUGCAACACGUUUAUGGGGCUGUACAUCGAGCAAAGUUACCUCAACACCAUAGACGCCCAAAAUAUACCCAGUUUCAGGCAUCAAUCUAACCUUCGAAUUAUUACUUUCGGACGUGAAACCUUUGACAAAAGCACAUUCGACGGUUAGAGCCAUCAAGGCCAUAAUAACCCGCGACUGGCUUUGUGAUCCUAUGUUGAAAA